GUACGCAGUGAUCGCCUACGGCUGUGCCAGCUGCCCCAAGCUGACCUGUGAGAGGGAGGGCUGCCAGACAGAGUUCUGCUACCACUGCAAGCAGAUCUGGCACCCCAACCAAACGUGUGACAUGGCCCGGCAGCAGCGGGCACAGACCCUGCGCGUCCGCACCAAGCACACCUCGGGCCUCAGCUACGGCCAGGAGUCUGGGCCAGCUGAUGACAUCAAGCCUUGCCCGCGCUGCAGUGCUUACAUCAUCAAGAUGAACGAUGGCAGCUGCAACCACAUGACGUGCGCCGUGUGCGGCUGCGAGUUCUGCUGGCUCUGCAUGAAGGAGAUCUCAGAUCUGCAUUACCUCAGCCCCUCUGGCUGUACAUUCUGGGGCAAAAAGCCAUGGAGCCGUAAAAAGAAGAUUCUCUGGCAGCUGGGCACGUUGAUUGGAGCUCCUGUGGGCAUUUCCCUCAUUGCUGGCAUUGCCAUUCCUGCCAUGGUCAUUGGCAUCCCUGUGUACGUGGGGAGGAAGAUCCACAGCAGGUAUGAGGGGAAGAAAACCUCCAAGCACAAGAGGAACUUGGCCAUCACUGGUGGGGUCACCCUGUCUGUCAUUGCCUCCCCGGUCAUUGCUGCUGUCAGUGUGGGAAUUGGGGUCCCCAUCAUGCUGGCCUACGUCUAUGGGGUCGUGCCCAUCUCGCUGUGCCGGGGCGGUGGCUGCGGGGUCAGCACAGCCAAUGGAAAGGGGGUGAAAAUCGAGUUUGAUGAAGAUGAUGGACCCAUCACAGUGGCCGAUGCCUGGAGGGCCCUGAAGAACCCCAGCAUUGGAGAGAGCAGCAUUGAGGGGCUGACCAGCGUGCUGAGCACCAGUGGCAGCCCCACGGACGGGCUCAGUGUCAUCCAGGGCAACUACAGUGAGACUGCCAGCUUUGCUGCCCUGUCCGGGGGCACCCUGAGCGGGGGGGUCCUCUCAGGGAGCAAGGGCAAAUACAGCAGGCUGGAAGUGCAGGCAGAUGUGCAGAAGGAGAUUUUCCCCAAAGACUCGGUCAGUUUGGGGGCCAUCAGCGACAACGCCAGCACCCGAGCCAUGGCUGGUUCCAUCAUCAGCUCCUACAACCCCCAGGACAGGGAGUGCAAUAACAUGGAGAUCCAGGUGGACAUUGAAGCCAAGCCCAGUCACUACCAGCUGACCAGCGGCAGCAGCACAGAGGACUCCCUGCACGUCCACACCCAGAUGGCAGAGAACGAGGAGGAAGAGGAGGAGGACGAGGAGGAGGAAGAGGAGGAGGACGACAAGCAGGAGCAGACGUGCCAACACCAAAGCUGUGAGCAGCAGGACUGCAUUGGCAGCCAGACGUGGGACAUCACCCUGGCCCAGCCCGAGAGCAUCCGCAGCGACCUGGAGAGCUCGGACAGCCAGUCUGACGACGUGCCCGACCUCACCUCGGACGAGUGCGAGUCCCCCCAGUGCCAGACUGCAGCAGGCUGCCCCCAAACCCCCCGAGCAAGAGGUGCCCAGAGCCCAAGUGCCCACCUGAGCCACUGUGCCCAAGCCGAGGGCUGCAGGCUGGAUGAGAUGGUCCAGCUGGAAUGCAUCGAGGCCAGAGUGUGAGCUGAGCACGUUCCCACUGGCACUCUGCAGCUGCUGGGCCGGGGUUGUGUCCCUGUUGGCUUCUGUUUGCCAUCCUCCAGCUGGCUCCCCCAGCCUCGCCCUGGGGAGUUGUUUCUUACAGAAAAAAAACCCAAAAAAAAAAAAACAAAGGAAAGGAAAAAAAAAAUCCCCCUUUGCCCUCUUUUUGUUUUAAUUUAUUGGUUCAAACUCUGUGAGGUGUGUAAGAGUGUAAAUAUGUACGUGUGUCUGUAUGUCUGCAACCAUCCUAAGGGACUCUUGGAAUAAAGACUCUGGUUGUCAUUGG